AUGGCGUCUCAUCUAUUUUCCCGAUACCGGAUCCGGAUCUCUCUCCUGAAAACCCUGAAACCCAAUCAUUACCCCUCCAUCAGACCCAUUUCCGGCACCACCUUCCUCUCUCAGGAUCCUCAGCUCGCAACCGAUCACGACCCGUCGAAUCUUGAGGCAGGGUCCACGCCGCUUCCUCCGAAUCCGGCGACGGGAAGUCCCCUUUACCAAGAGAACUGGCGGAGCCCGAUCCCGUCAUUCAGCCAGUCUCUCGUCCCUUUGGGAUUUCUAAAUCAGGCUCCUGCUGUUCGAAUCCGAGCUCUCUCUGAAACGCUCGACAUGAACUCGCUGCUCAAUAUGUUCGCCGAUUGGACCGCCUCGCAGCGUUGGUCCGACAUGAAGCAGCUUUUUGAGUUCUGGGUUCGAUCGCUUGACAAGAAUGGGAAGCCGAACAAGCCUGAUGUCAACCUUUACAAUCAUUACCUUCGGGCUAACUUGAUGAUGGGGGCUACGGCUGGUGACAUGCUUGAUCUGGUUGCUCUAAUGGACGAUUUCUCUGUUGCACCCAUCACAGCAUCUUAUAAUCUAGUCUUGAAGGCUAUGCACCAGGCAAGAGAGACUGAGGCCGCCCAGAAGCUGCUCGAACGGAUGCUGCUGUCGGGGAAAGAAUCUCUUCCGGAUGAUGAAUCAUAUGAUUUGGUUAUUGGAAUGCUGUUUUUGACUGGGAAGAAUGACGAAGCCAUGAAACUUAUGGACAUGGCGCUAAAAUCUGGUUAUAUGUUAUCAACCACAGUUUUUAGUGAUUGUGUUCGUAGUUGUGUAGCCAGAGGUAGGACAGAUACACUGGUUUCUAUCAUCGAGAGGUGUAAGGCUGUUGAUCGGAACAAGUCCCUAUGUCCUAGCUGGAUACUGUGUACUUAUAUGGCAGAAGUUGCAAUUCAAGAGGAUAAUAGCAUAUUAGCAUUUAAUGCGUUUGAAUUUAUGUUCAAGUGGAUCACUAGGGGCGAAAUGGCUAGACCCUCGGUUUUACUUUCUGUUGAUGAAGGGCUGGUAGUAGCAGCUCUUGCAACUGCUGCUAGGACAUGCGAUUCAACUUUAGUAGAUGGAUCAUGGAUGAUUCUGAAACGAUCUCUGCGUGGGAAAAAGGCAGCCAACCCUGCAUCUUACAUUGCAAAGAUAAAUGCUUAUGCAUCGUUGGGGAAUCUGCUUAAAGCUUUCAUCGCGCUUGAUGAAUUUGAAUCCGCAUAUGCAGACUCUGAGAAAGAAGUUGUUGAGGAGUUGCUUUCACCUUUUACAUCCUUAUAUCCGCUGGUUGUGGCCUGCUCUAAGAAAGGCUUUGAGACACUGGAUGAGGUAUACUUCCAGUUGGAGACAUUGAGUCAAGGUGAUACUCCAUAUAAGUCUGUUGCUGCUCUAAACUGUAUAAUUCUUGGCUGCGCAAACACAUGGGAUUUGGAUCGUGCUUAUCAGACAUUUGAUGCAAUAAGUGCUUCUUUUGGGCUGACUCCUAACAUUGAUUCGUACAAUGCUUUAAUAUAUGCAUUUGGAAAGGUCAAGAAGACAUCUGAAGCUACAAGAGUAUACGAGCAUCUGGUUAGCUUAGGUGUUAAACCUGAUCCCCGGACGUAUUCAAUGCUGGUUGAUGCUCAUCUCAUUAACCGGGAUCCCAAAUCAGCCCUGACCGUCAUUGAUGACAUGAUCAAUGCUGGAUUUGAACCUUCCAAGGAGACAUUGAAAAAGCUGCGACGGCGAUGUAUCAGGGAAUUAGACUAUGAAACCGAUGAUCAUGUGGAGUCAUUGGCCAAGAAGUUUCAGAUAAGGAUGGGAUCAGAGAACCGCAGGAACAUGCUUUUCAACAUAGAUUACUCCAGAGGGCGUGCGCAGUAA